UAACCCUCCUCUACAAUAACCUAAUCUCCUGUCUCCUGGUCGAAUCCAUCUCGGCGCUUCCUCCCUUCCAACCCAGCUGGUUCGACUGCCCUCCCUCACGUUCAUUCAUCCGCUGCACCGAACACCAAAGACCGCAAUGCCCGCCGUGACGCACGCUCUGCAGGACCUGCCCUUCGACACGGAGAACGUGCUGCAAGCGGUGAUCCGGAAUCGCGGCGACCACUCGCGGCGCUACGGCAUCCGCACGUACUACUCGGACGACUAUUCCACGCGCACGGAGACCACGAUCGAGAAUCGUGUUGGGACGAUCUGUGGCGUCAUCGACUGGGAGAAGAAGUCGUUCAGGAUCGGGAACAAAGUCGAAUGGGUGGAUACGAUGAAGCGCAAGGCAGGGAUGUUGUCUGCCGUGCGGUAUUGGAAGUGGCUGAAAGGCGAGGAGUUCCGGAUUCAGUACAUGAAUUCGGGGGAUAGCUGGACGGCUUCGAACGACCGAGGCGAGAUCGUUGCAGAGCUCAAGUUAUCUGCGGUAUCUUUCGGCGCUGGCGAAACGUCCGUGCCGGUCCUGCGCAUGAGCCUGACGCUGCGUAACGAGGACGACCGGCUGUUUCUCUUGUUGGUGCUGUUGUAUUCUGAGGCAAAGCGGAGGGUGCAGUGCUGCAUUACGGUUUGAGGCAGGCUCAUAUGGGUGGUUUAAUCCUAGUUGAUCGAUUCUCCUGGUCACUUGUCCAUAGUCUUUUGAUAUAUCUCUGAAACUUUCCAUAAUCUGAUUACCCUGUCCUCCACUAGCAUCAUUCCG